UAAAUUGUAAAUAAUACAAAUCAAUUUUCUUUCUUAAUUAUAAUAAUUUCUUCUUUUAACGCUUUAAAUUUUUUUUUUUAUUUAUUAAUCCCUUUGCCCAUUUCACUCUGAUGAUAACAAUGGCCAAGUGUUUCAGCUUCGUUAGAACCCGAAACUCGUGUUAUCGCUACACUUUCAGCCACUCAGGUCUCAAAUCCUCCACCGUCGAUCUCGGUGACGGCACAAUCAUGCACUGUUGGAUACCCAAAACUCACAAUUCAACCAAACCAACGCUCUGUCUCCUUCACGGUAUAGGCGCCAACGCAAUGUGGCAGUGGGCUGAUUUCAUUUCUCCGUUGAUAUCCAAGUUCAACGUCUACGUUCCCGAUCUCUUGUUCUUUGGCGACUCUUACACCACGCGCACCGAGCGGUCUGAGGCGUUUCAGGCCACGUGCGUGAUGGGUGCGCUGGAGGCUCACGGAGUGCAGAGACUGACCGUUGUGGGGAUCAGUUAUGGCGGUUUUGUUGGCUACAGUUUGGCUGUGCAGUUCAAGGAGAAGGUUGAGAAGAUGGUGCUAAUAUGCGCUGGGGUUUGUUUAGAGGAGAAAGAUAUGGAACAAGGGUUGUUUAAGGUUAGGACUGUUGAUGAAGCUGCUGAGAUUUUGUUUCCUCAAAGAGUAGAGAAAAUGAAGGAGUUGUUGAGAUUCACUUUCUACAAGCCACCUAAGAAUAUUCCCUCUUGUUUUUUCAAUGAUUAUAUUGAGGUAAUGUGCACAGAGUACAUUCAGGAGAGGAAACAAUUGCUCCAGGCAUUAAUUAGGGGCAGAAAUCUAUCUCAUCUUCCUAAGAUAACUCAGCCUACACUUAUUAUUUGGGGAGAUCACGACCAGGUAUUCCCACUUGAAUUGGCGCACAGAUUGAAAAGCCAUUUGGGUGAGAAUGCAGAGCUUAAAAUGUUGAAGAAAACAGGGCAUGCGAUUAAUAUAGAAAAGCGGAAAGAGAUGUACAAAUAUUUGAAAGUUUUCCUUGUCGAUCAGUUCACUACAUCCAAGCAAAUAAAUCAUAGCAUUGGACUCAAGGCAGAUUGAAAGAAGUGAUGGAUAUGCAGUAUGGUAUGGGUAACAUUAGCAUUUUGAGGCUUGUGAAAUUGAAGUACUCAUUUAUAUAUUAAGAAGAUGUAGAUCAGUGAAUUAAUGGGGAAAAUAGUGUCUUCUUCUAGGCCAGGUAGCUAAGUUAUCCAGAUAUACGGUUUAUUCAGUCCGCAAAUACUUGGCUAAUUUCAUUGCAGAUAAAGAUAUGUUAUAUGAAGAUGAUUUUGAUCAGAAUGUGAUGGUUGCAUUUGAACUUUUCAUAUUUUAAUUAAAGGGUAGCACAUUCCAUCUUUA